UACGACGAGAUAAAGCAGCACUUCAGAAGGCGCAAGUUAUGAACAACGAAGAACAAGUACUCAGAAAGGAUAUUGAGAUGCUAAAGGCACGAAACGAGAUUAACAAGUCAACAACGGCUUCAUCUGAGAACUCGCGCAACGACGAGAUUGUUGCUCUACGCCUGCAGAUCCAAGAGCUCGAAGGCGUUCGCACUGCCCUGCAGGAUCGAAGCAUUGAAUUGGGUGCCCUCAGAGCAGAGAACUCUUAUCUCAAGAAGGAUUUUCAAGAUCUUAGAGGGGAAAUAGCGCAUUUGAGGAACGCUUGUAACAACAAGAGAGCCUCUGAUGCUAUCAUCGAGAAGAGUCCACCUGUCGAACCUGACAAUGGGAAGCAGCGGAUGGUUCUUAUCGGCGAUGCUGUGUACACUCUGAAAGAUCUGAAGGCUCUCCAGAAGGCUUACAAGAAGGCGCAGGAAAACGAAGAUAUGGCGAAUAAAGAGGUUCAGGCUCUCAAGGAACGAGUAGCAAGAAUGGGCGCUCAACUGUUAACGAAGCAAAGAGUCACUGGUAGGCGAUCGACCGUAAGAAGAACCACACCGCGGAACUUAAGGACUACCUUGAAUGCGAUACAAGUAGAGGAUGAUGAUUCGGGCAAGGAAGGAGAUGCCAUGGCUGCUCAUAAGUCACAUGACGAGGCAGAAAAGGCAGAGAACGCUCAACUACGACGUGCAGUUCGCCAGGCGAAGAAAGCCGAUAUGCAUAUAUUGUGUGAUGCUGAGGGGAUCACAUACAUCAAGUUCGACCAAUCGAAAGCUGACGAGGACGAGAUUCGUGCGAGGAGAAGAUUCGCUGAUUGGUUGAAAGACCAAGGUCUUUAGGACGAUGACGACGAUGAGCAAGACCAAGCUUAUGUCACUUUCACUGAAGAAGUGAACGAUGAGUGAGGUCGCGCCCUAAGCGCAUCCACAUU